AAGAAUCAUGUGCGGACUUCGUUCCAAUCGCGAUCAGCUGUCAAAGGCCUUGAGCAUGGGCCGAGCGUGUUGACACAAUGCGUUGAGCAUAUACAUCUGAUCUAGAUUGAUGUAGAUGUAUCCAUGCUCGUUGUCGGUCGAUUUCGAAAAGAAGACAGCUAUCUUGUUGCUCUGGCAGUGUUGUUUCGACGAUAAGAAAAAAAUGUAACAAGUAAACAGGUAUAAGAAAGAAAAUUGCGUGAUGAAGAUGAAAUUAUUGAAGCUCAUCGUUCACAACAGAGGUUUUUGUGCCGAAGACUUGAUCAUAAACUCCAAGGAUUUUCCAGGCAUUAAGAAAGGAAGUAUAGUAGAAAUAUAUCAUCCUGAUGAUGAAUUUAGUCGUCUGUUAUUGCAAAUAACCUGUCUUAAGGAGGAUCUGCAAUUGAAAGAAACAAUUAGUGUGGAGCAGUCCAUAGCAAGUGCCUUUCAGUUGCGGACCUUUGCUGAUGUACACGUGAACAUAGUAAAUCCUGAAAAUGUUGCAUUGGAUUCUGUGGAACUUACUUUCAAAGAUCAGUACUUGGGACGUAGUGAGAUGUGGAGACUCAAAAAUAACUUAGUGAAUACAUGUGUGUACCUAAAUAAAAAAAUUGAAUUCUGUGGUGGCAGUAUCCGCUGUCAAGUGUAUGAAAUGUGGUCACAAGGAGAUAGAGUAGCCUGUGGAGUAAUCACUGAUGAUACAAAGGUUGUUUUUCGAUCCUCCACAAGCAUGGUAUAUCUUUUCAUUCAAAUGAGUUCUGAAAUGUGGGAUUUUGACAUUCAUGGUGAUUUGUAUUUUGAAAAGGCUGUUAAUGGUUUUUUAGCUGAUUUAUUUCAAAAAUGGAAGAAAAAUGGCAGCAAUCAUGAAGUCACUAUUGUAUUAUUCUCUCGAACAUUCUACAAAGCCAGUAACUUAGAAGAGUUUCCAGGGCACAUGCGUGAAUGUUUACAGCAGGAUUAUCGUGGGCGUUUCUAUGAAGAUUUUUACAGAGUGGCAGUUCAGAAUGAAAGGUAUGAAGAUUGGACUAGCACUCUGGUUCAAUUGCGAAGGCUCUUUACAGACUAUCAGAAAAUAGUAUUGGAAUAUCAUAAACGACCAGGAGUGAUCUUUGAGAAGCAUUAUUUGGAUAGAAGUUUUGAUCGCACAGGUCAACUGUCAGUUGUAAUCACUCCUGGUGUGGGUGUGUUUGAAGUUGAUAGAGAACUCACCAAUGUGACGAAGCAACGAAUCAUUGACAAUGGUGUUGGCAGUGACCUUGUGUGUGUUGGAGAGCAACCUCUACAUGCAGUGCCACUCUUGAAGUUCCACAAUAAGGAUACAACUUUCAGCACUGUGGAUGAUUACAGUAUGCCACAUUGGAUCAAUCUCAGUUUUUAUUCUACAAACAAGAAAGUGGCUUAUUCCAACUUCAUACCUCGCAUAAAGCUGCCACCAAGGCGUUCCAAAUUGCCUCCUGCACCCAGCAAUGGCCUCAUCCAGGCAGCAAAAUCCAAGUUACUUCAAGAAGAUGAAUGCAUGCCAAAUUCACUUUUUGACUAUGAUGCUUAUGAUGCUCAGGUUUUCCAAUUACCUCCUGUUCAUUCAUCAAGAUUUUCCCGUAGCUUACAACGCAUGAAUAGUCGAAGCAAGAAAGGAAGUUGUGCUGAUGCCUUGGGGGGACAGAAAGUGAAACGCAAAAUGUCUGACCCAGAUAUCCACCAUACAUGCGGCACUGGUGAUCCCUCAGUGGUAGUGGUGAAUGUCGGAUCUCCUGGAGUGGCGGGUGGAGCACGCUCUGCGGCCAUCUCCAUUCCUCAGCAUCGUGCUGCUGAAUUAUCACCACAGCAGUCAGCAUCGAUUGGAGUGGUCGCUCAUGAAUCCCUUCGCCAGAGGUCUUUCACAGUUCAUGGAGAGUUGGAGGUUGAAGCAUCGCCUCCCCUUCGCCCUGUUGUGGGCAGUGCUGGUUCUCCAAGCAAUCCACCUCAACCCCCAUCAAAUUUGGGCCGACCAGGUCGCGCUCUUAUAAAUCCAUUUGACCCCUCUCAUGUCACAAUUAAGUUGACUUCUAAUCGACGUCGAUGGACUCAUAUAUUCCCUAAAGGUCCCACUGGAGUUUUAAUACAGCAGCACCACUACCAAGCUGUUCCCACUGGCUCCUCAACUACUGAUCAUGUUCAUGAUAGCAUGCAAAUGUUUGGCUCAUCUCCUGGUAAUGAUCAUGCAUCUUUGAGUGGUUCUAUUCCUCGGUCAGCUUCACAAACCACAAUUCAAGAGAGAGCUCGUGGUAGCCGUCCCAGUUCCCAACUUCUAGAAGGAGGUCGGCCUCCAGCUGGAGGCAAGAGCCUAACCCUGCUUUGGGGUGCAACAGGGGAGCAGGAGUGGACCCCAGCCCUUACCACAGCUAAUGUGUGUCGUUUUUUCUGUUCUUUUUUCAUGUCUGUCUGUUGGGCGUGUGCUCGUGUGACUCAUUUGAACAAACACAGUCGGCAAAGUUGUCAUAGGUUUGGUGUGGAUUGGAAGUCCCUCACCAUUCCAGCCUGUUUGCCAAUUACUACAGAUUACUUCCCAGACAAGCGCAGUUUGCAGAAUGACUACUUGGUGUCAGAUUACAAUCUCUUGCCAGAUGAUGUGAAUGCUGAUUUUGCCCAACGAAGAGCUAUCUACAAAAAGCCUCUCACUACUGCUGAGGUUUUUAGGGAGUUGGUAUCACAGCGACUUGCCCAGGGCUUUCAGCUUAUCGUUUUAUCUAAGCCUACUGGUUCUCAACCAGCACAGACUCCAGGCAGUGGAGCAGGUGUCCAAAUUGGGAGUUCAGUUGUUAUGACUCGCCCCAAAGACUUAGAGCCCACAGAGGAGUACUUUCUCAGCAUUGGACGAGUAUUCCACAAAAUUUCCCUGUGUGGAUCUUCCAUAACUGUUACUCGCUAUCGACCUAGGCAUCCUUACCCACCAUUCAACAUACAUUAUCGGUAUCGUUUCCAUGCUCCUCAUCAUGACACUUAUGAAGUGUCAUGGGUAUCCUUCACUACUGAAAAGCUUGAAAACUUUAACUGGAAUUACUUGGAUCACUACAUCUGCACUCGUGGGGAUGUGGAUUUUGCUCUUGCUGAGGCACAGAAAUAUUGGCGUUUCCGUGUAUAUGUGGUUCCAUUGAACCAGCAGGACACAAAGAAGAUCCUAGAUGGUGCAGAGCACUGUGAUGUGUACAGUACCCCCACCUCAGAGGAGCAAGGUCACUUGGUGAUAGAUUUUCUGCGCUUCAUUGAGACAUGGGUGAAUCGUAUUCGACGACCAGCCACCCACAAGAAGGCUCGGAUUCUUCCAAAGUCAUAUGAAGUUCCCCCUGAGCUGUGCCCACCCACCCCAAGAUUUGGAUUGCCACCAGCUGGAGCUCGGAGCCUGGGGCCUUAUUGGCUUGGGCCUGUGGCCCUGGGCAUGUGUUGCAGAGCCCUGCUGUGCCACUGCCGCUGGCGAGCCCACUCCAGGGCACCGGCCGCCACACGCCAGUGCACCGACGACAUAGCACCAGUACGAUUUUCCCGUCCCCCAGUAGCACCACUCCUUUCGCCUUCAUCUCUGGAGUCACUCCUCAGACUAAUGCACAGCAGGUGGCAGCUAAGAGGCUGUGGGUUGUGUCCAACAACUGAGCAACAUUGGCGAUGGAAUAUGUUGUGUCCUGAUGUUUUUGUGCCUGCUCUCUUGCAGACCAGCGUAGUGGGCAACUCUCCGUUCCGAGAGCGCUUGGGCAGCAACCGGGCCCUUGAGAAGCCUCGCCCCAGGUCGGGAUCAAAGGUGAUGGAGCGUGUGAAAGCAGAUGGCUCCUCUAACAGCGGUCGCGUUUCUCCCGCCAGUGAAGCCAGCAUAGGAGAUCGAAACCAGCAAGUUGCAGAUAGCUCUUCUAAUGACUUGCCCAGUCACAAUGACACUCAGGAUGAGAGCCAGAAUUCUGAGAUCUCCCUAAAGAGCACUGCCAGUCAUGCAGAGAUUCUGGAGGCCAUGCGCCACCCUGAGAAAGGAGUGGGCUUUCUCACACAACAUCCUAGUUUGCCUAGCUACACAUUUGUGAGUGCAGAUGCGGUGCAAUGGCUUAUUGCACAUGUAGAAGGGGUUCAGAAUGAAGAAUGCGCUGUGUCAAUCAUGGAGAGGAUGCUGCAAGAAAAAGUGGUGUGCCAUGCUUCUGGUGAUUUUGCCCAUCCAUUCAUUGUUGGAUUUUAUUUGUACCAUGUGGUUCAACUGCCGAAAGAUAAAGAUGGUGAGUACCUCCAGCCUUUGGGUGAUCUGCAGAGCUUUGAGAAUGAAUGGUUGGAGCUUGAAGUGCGUCACCCAACUGGCUGGCAGAAGUCCAGCCCUUCCAUCUCUGGCAGCUCACCAGCUGUACCAGCCUUCCUUGCUGAUGUGUUGCAGGAGAAAGUGUGCCUGGAGGAUUCCAUCACCGAGAGGGACUGGGCUGUACCUCUCUAUAAACACACUCAUUUGGAAAUUGACAUCAAUAAUAAGAGUGAUCGUGUGGAGUGGGGACACGCACGAUACCAGUCUGUCUUCUGCCCAGACAGAGCUUAUGAACUUGUAGCCCAGUGGGUGACGUCUUCAGGACCCAUCGUGGCUGAUUUGAUCAUUGGAUGGGCGCGCAAGGCUCAGCUGUGUGGUCUGCUGAUGGUGCCCAUCCCUGCAGACCCCCUGGCCCUGCCGUUCACUCACAAGUCAGACCCGCUGCGGGGGCCCAUCUUUGUGCCCCUUGAUACAGAGAGCCUUAUGGGCAGCAAAAGUUAUCUAUUUGAAGAAUUCAGUGAACAUUCUUGGGACCAACGUUUACUGCUUUUUCAAGAGGCCAUUAUCAAAAGGUUUGGUUUCAUUGCCUGCACAGUGGCAACACCUCAAAUGGGUUCUCCUUCUUCAACCACUGGGAGUGUUGCUCACUACCACCAAUAUGUACAUCUUACUGGCAAUGUAUUUAUUCUCAUCUCUACUCAACAAUGCCAGCCUCCAACUCGCAGCAACUCAGUGUCUCAUAGUGCAGGACGACCAGUGUCUGGUGCAAAAGCAUUAAGUCAGCGCCGCUAUCCUGUUCAUUCUGAUGUGUCAAGUCCCCAUGAAGAGUACAUCACACGCCACGUUAGUGGCAAGAAUCAGAAUGAUUACAGCACAGAACCUAGGAUUGGAUUUUUGUGGUCUUGGAAUCACAUGGUGAGUCGACGAUGGAAAUUAGCAUCUACAGCAACUGGAGAUGAGAUGUUCCAAAUGAAAAUUUUACGAGAUUUUCGAGAGUUUUGUGCCAAUGUUGACAAUCGUUUGAAAAAUUUCUGGGACUCAUGCUGGAACCAGAAGCAACAGGCCAUAGCUCCAACAAAUAAGUCCUAGCUACUAACGAUAUUCAUUUCAGUGAAUCUCGUGAAGGAAAGUGUAUCUUUAGAUGCUAUUUUAAGAGAAAAGUGUUGUUAAUUGCCAAAUAUGUUCAUAGCUAGUCCAUUCUAUACAUAUAAAUGUUAUAACUUACAUUCUCUCCAUUACUCCUAUUGUUAAAAGUAUGUUUAAACGGUUCCUAUGUUUUUCAAAUGCAGCUUCAGUUGUAACAUUUGCUUUCAGUAUUGCUCUUGUGCCACCUACUGAAUUACUCGCAUUAUUUUGAACCUCAAGUUUAUAAAAUAUCAAAUUCAAACUUUGUCCUCAUCUUAAGGGAAGUAGUUUGAGCAAGUUUUGCAAAUGAAUUCUACUAUAUUAUUUUCAUGGAAGGGGAGAAAAUUAUGGUAUUCAAAAUAUGAUCUUGUGCUUUCUGGUUGUGUAUGUGUGUGCCAAUUAUUAUGUACCUGUAGCAGCUACAGUUGUAGCCAUUCUCUUCCUUUCAUUUCACUAAUGUCUAAUAGGGAGGAAAAAUUGCCCUACGCCUGGCUAUGCAAUUUAUAUUGUAAAUUUUUAAAUUUAAUGUUUUCUAUUCCUUAUAGUGCCCUGUGUUCUGUUUGUUUUUUAGUUUUGAAAUUUGGUUAACAUGAUUUGAUUGAUGGUGUUGUUCAAAGACAAAAGUUUGUUCCUUUCAUAAUGCAUUUGUUUUAGAAUUUUAUGUUAUUAAUAUUUACUGCACGUUUUCCUGGGAGAGUAGUUACCUUUAGUGGCAUUUCAAGUUGAUAGGAAGAAAUAUACCCAAAUAAGUUAAAUUUAUGAAUUCAUUAAAUUUAGUAUAUCAAUAAAACUGUUUUUUAUUAAAGGCUUAUUGUUUGUGUAUAUACAUUCUUAAUUAAAUUGCAUAUUCUUUUAUGAGGUAGUUUGUGCAUGAUGGUUGUGAGUGAAACUUUUAAUUCAUGUACAGUCUCCAAAGCAAGAGAAAAAAUUUUUUUAUUACUGCUAUCAUGUGCUAAAGCAUUGGAUGGAAAUGCUACCGAAUUACAGGACUGAACAAAACCCCAAAAGAAAAUUGAUUUGAAAAUAAUGAUAAAGGGGUCCAAUCUCUCAUCCUCUCCCAGGUUGAAUAUGCCUGGUCUCCUGGUACUUUGUGCCUUUUUGAAAUGCACCUAGUAGACUCAGAAAAACAGAAAUGUAAGUAACCAAAAUUAUUAGUUUAUUGUUGCAAGGUUACACUUGCGUCAAGUAAAUUGUUCUAAAACCAAAAACACCCUCUUAUUUACUGAGAAACAUGAGUUUUAAUAAUGAAGAUAGUAAAUUGUGAAUUCACUGACAACUUUUCAACUUCGGGAAUCAAAAACAAGGCUGUUUUGUUCAGUUCUUGUAUCUUUUUAAUGUAGACUUUCCUGUACUUACCUCCUUUUGCAGUGCAACUGAAAUUUCAUUGAGUUCUGGACCAGGAGAUAGAUAUAGCGAACAUGGGGAUUAAAGAAAUAAUUAAACAUAAAAUGGAGUAUUAAAUAUUUAUUUUCCACAAAAUGAAUUCUUUUAUGAAAGUUACAAUCAUUAAAAAAAAAAGAACAAAUCUAGUCGAUUACAAAGAUGCCAAAUAUCUAGAGCAUACAAAAUAUCAAAUGCAUUUAUCAAUGAUGUUCAGUGUAACUUUUAAAUUGGCAUAGUUAAACUUUGUUCACAUUGAGUGGAAGUGAAUAUAAAAUAAAUAAGUGUGUUGAAGACUUGUUACUUGCGACUCUCAGCAACAACAGUCUGGGGCUGCAAGAUAGGCACCCCUGUUACACCAGGCUCAAAGGUUGGAGGAAGCUUGGCACCUUCUGCAGGGGAGAAUUUGAAUUUCUUGACAAGAGCAGCAAUUGCUAAUUUGGCAACAAGGACACUCCACUGAAUGCUGAUGUUGGCUGUGCUGUUACCAGCCUGACCAUAAGGUAGGAAUGCAAACAGGUCUCGUGCCUCUUUGUUAUCACGUGAGAAUCUCUCUGGAUUGAAUUUUUCAGGCUCUUCAUAAAUCUGAGUUUGCCGAUGCAAAGCAUAUGUAGGAAUAGUAACAAUCAUUCCUUUCUCAAUUUUUGCAUUCUCUAACUCCAAAGUCUCGCAGCAUUCUCGUUCCAAUCUGAAUUCAACUGGGUAGAGGCGCAACACCUCUGAGAUAAACAUGUCUAGGUAUUCAGAGUUGUGAACCAAAUCAAACUCAUCCUAAGCUUCUAGUUUCUGAUACAAUUCUGCAUGAAGACGCUCUUGCAAUUCUGGAUUGGCUCCUAGCAUGACAGUUCCCAUGGUUGUCAGUGAGCGGGCAGUCAAAGAAGCAUUGAGAAGAACAGCUAAGCUCUGGACAAAUACAAACUCCUUGGUUUCAAGAACAUUUUCUUCAUUCUUGCUUUCUUCUUCAGAAUCUUUCUUCUUUGAUGCUUGGUGAAGUUCCAGCAGUAAGUCCAUUAAGUCAGGUUGACGAUCCUUUUUCUCAGCAUUUGCUUUCUCCUGCACUUUGCAGAGUAGUAAUGAAGUGAAGUAUUUUGCAGCUUUAGGUUUCAACACAAAUUUAUCCAAGGGAACAAGAGACGGGUAGAUCAUAGGAAAUGCUGCAAGAGGUGAAUCAGGGUUGUCAUUAACAAACGCCUGACUGAAGUAGUUUGAGAAUUGUUUAACAUCAAUGGCCUUCUCAGUCUCAUCAUAACCCAAAACAGCUUCCACCAAAACCUUGACUAGGAAGUCAGAAACAAUUCUGCAAAGAUAAUCACUUUUCCUUCAGCGUUUUCAGUCAGUUUCUUUAUAGAAGAUGAGAGCUCAUUUGUACAAGCCAAAAUUCUCGGCAAAACCUGCCGCACGGCAUCCUUGGAAAGAAGCGGCGUGUCCUUGGCGCCGCGCGCCUCCAGCGCCAGCAGCCCCUGGUGUAGGAACUUGUCACGAACAC